AUGACCACCAGUGACUGGCUGGGCGACUCUGUGAUCAAGAUCCGGGGGCACCCAAUUGCACUCGAGUUCUGGCCCCAGCUGUACAGGUACGGCCACAAUGAUCAGUGGAAGGGGACGAAAAGUAAAUGGACGGACUGGCGUGAUGUUGUAGAACGCUACCGGCAAGGCAGCCCAGAGCAAUUCUGGGCUGCGUUCAGUGCUGACAGCAAACAUUUGAAGUUCACUGCCAUCAUCCGGGCCCUCCAUGAAGAGCGAGCAUCGAUCCAUGCUGCAGUUGCCGAGUGUGCUCACAGAGAGUACGGUGCCCAGUUCGCAGACCUUUUCACAUACCGGAAGGGUGGAGAAGAGCACCUGAUGACAAAACCAUCAGCAAUCAUGAAGAGGUACAAGGAAUUGGCUAGCAGUCGCGACAAUGGGUGCUAUGAAGGACAGUACUAG